AUGAACUCAGGUGGACUGUCUUCUCCUGAAAACUGGGUUCAUGGAUGCGGAUAUGAAGAUCUCGUCAUCACUUCAUCACAAAACAGCUUUCAAUGGCAAGAACCCUAUGCGGCGCCACAAUCAUCUAAUUACACUUUUGAGUCGACUGUUCCGUCUAGCGCCCCCGAAAAGCCCAAGGUAUCGAGCGGUCAGAUUGAUCAGCAUAUGGAGAUUUGCAAUUUUGAAGAAGACAUUUCCAAUGGUUCCCGCUCGAUAUUUGACCAGGAAUGGCAUUUCGUUAUCAGGAUGCAGAACCAGGGUGACGGAACCUUGGUUGAUCCCUCUGACAUUUUUGUUGAGUCGCAGUCGUAUUCGCCAGAUGGUGAGGCACAGCCGGAUCACGCUACUUCCCGGUUUUCUAUGGACGAAAGCGGCCAUCUCGCGCCGCUAAGUGCCCAUCUAGCGCCACUCAAUGCUCAUAUCGACAGGCGACUCCUAGCGCCAUGUGUCUCUGCAGCCAUGGUGAAGACACCGCAAAUCGGGAUCCCAUGGGUUAUGAUUGGAAACAGUGGAGGCAAGCGUUUCUAUUUGGCAUUCUCCAUUAAAAUUGCCACUCAAAAACGCAGUCGAGUCCCAUUCACAUGUUACGCGAGGUUUCCAGAGAUCAUUCCAGACUUGGUAUACGACAUCGAGACUAAUGUCCUCGGCACUCGAGCUUCUAGGAUUGGGGAAGCCCCAGAUGUUGCGAAAUAUCAAACGGGGCAUUUUGGCUGUGCAGAGUUCACCCCUGCGAUCAACAACUGCUGCAUUGAAUGGUCCGAGGUUUUCAUGGGUGGGAGCCCACUUAUACAAGGAGUUACCGUAGGGGUCCUGCGGAAGUGGCGUGGUAUCAUGGUCGGCGAUAUAAGGGCACAUUAUAAAGAGAAACCCGUCUGGUGGCCAGAGUCUGUUCGGUAUAUGGGGCCGGCAAACCUUGAGCGUGAUGAUCUAUGCAAUGUGCUUAACUUCCUUUUCACAGGAUCGCACGGUUGCCAGCUCCCUUUCAAUCUUCUUAAACAAUGGCAGGGUAUUCCUUAUAUUACGGAAUCGGACAAGGCUAACUUACGGUAUAUUAUUACUGUGAAGAUGGGAGAGCUAUCUCGGGAUGCAAAACAGAUUUUGAAAAAUCAUCUUGCGUAUCUCAACAGAACACAAAGCUGA